CUUUAGAGAGACCAAACUAUAUAAAAAAAAAAAUAAUAAGACAUGCCAUCAGACGGAAUGGCAACCUGUCAUGCCAGACGGCUUCAGAUGCUUAGAGGAUUCCUGCUGAAGGUGCCCAGCUGGCGAAGUGUGUGUGUCCUCUGUUGCCUGUACUGCAUCCUGAUCCUGCCAGACGCCGGCGAGGCUGCCAAAGCACGCUGUGGACGAGAACUAGUUGCUGACCUGGAGUUUGUGUGUGGGGACCGUGGCUUUUACAGAGGCAAACCUGGAGCAGCCCGCAGCGGCGGUCCUCGCUCUCGUGGGAAAGGGAUCGUAGAGCAGUGUUGUGUGCGUGGAUGUGACCUCCAGCAUCUGGAGUUGUACUGUGCAAAACCCAAGAGGGUGCGGCGUGAUGUCCCUGCGUCUCUGCAACAGACUCUGGAAGAUCAGUUUUGGUUAGUGUUUCAGAGGCAAUAUCAGAAGCAAGCAGAGAUGAACAGAGAUGAGGAAGCUGCUUCUCAAAGACUCAGAGAGCGAAUGCUUUACCGAUGGCACUCCAGAGAUUCAGUAUUACUAACCAACCAACCCCCCUCAACCCAACAGCAUCUUUCCACUGAGACAGUGACAUCAGGACCAACAUUUACCCACCACAAACGAUAGUCAUAGCUCUUUUUGGAUCUGCGUGGACCCAGUGAAUCACCUUCCUUUUCUAAAAAAAGACUUUUCUGUCCUUGCAGACAUAUAAACUGAGAACUAUGUGAGAGAAAGUAUAGAGGACAAACUGCCAAAGCCACUCAUGCCAUGAAAGUGAAGAGCAGGGUGUUUGUGAUCGCUCAUGGCUUGUAUUAAUUUCACUAAACACAUGCUGAAUUCAAUAUGAAUUGUAUUUUUCCAUUUUAAUUUUGUUUUCAGCUUCCCCCCAAGCAUUGACUUCAGUUCUCCGAUGCAUUUGAAUAAACAAGUUCAAAGUCAUUUAAGGACAAAAGUUGAAAGUGUUUAGAUGCUAUACUGCUAUAUGCUACACUGAUGGCUGAGGGAAGUCUUUUUGAAUGUAAAUGUGAUGUUUUUCACUGAAUAUCAGUGGUUUACUGAUAUUAGCAAAUAUAUUUUCUUAUGUUUUUUUACAUUUAAUUUAUGUUCUCUGUGAUUAGGAUUUUCUUAUACUUGUGAAAUAUGCAGAUUUGCACACAGACAGAUUCCAGAUCUUCUAGUGAGAGCUGUAGGAUCCUGAAAGUCGCAUCUUUCUAAGAAUUUCUUGGGAUUAUUAGAAAUCCCAAUGACCUCUAAGGCAAAAACAUUAGUUUGUUUAAGCUGAAUAAAUAAUAUC